AUGACUGGAGCCUAUCGCUGUCAAGCGACUACUUCUGAGCAGAAAAACAAGGCAAUCAGCUCUGAGUUCAACAUCAAUGUGGUCGGAAUUGAGAAAAUCUCGACCAUUCACCAUCAUUUGCCCUUCGGCCAGCUUGGCCAUAUAGAAGUUGAGUUCUACUGUCAGGUAUGUGCAAAUCCAAAACCGGAGCUUUUCUGGCUGACUCCGGAUGCAAUCAUCACACCUCAUGUGGCAGGCACUUCUCACUAUUCGGUCACGCAUCUACACCACAAGAAGAUACGCCUACAUAGAGAUGGUCCUGCUACGAUUGUACCGUAUUGUUACACCUCACGGCUGCUAAUACGGAACGUUUCAAGUUCCGAAGAAUUCCAGUUAUUGGUGAAAGGAGAGACAGAAUCACGAACUGUAAAUCUGCCCAUUAAAAUCCUCAACGUUCCAAGCAUUACCGUCCCUCGUUCCCCUUUGAUGCUAGGCUUAAUUAUCAUGAUAUCUAGUCAAUUGUAA